GGGUCCCGUGCGUAGAUUUGUGGACCCUGACAUUGACCGCGGUGGCCACCUGGAUCGUCCAUCUGUCUGGGAGACGUCUGCCUCAGCGGACCGACCCCAGUCAGCCCCCUCGCGUCCAUCGAUCUUAUCUGGACGGCCGUCGCUGGUACGGUGCGCGCGCCUCCCGCCGACAGCACGGGCGGUUCUUCAGUCGCCGCCGCGCCGCCGCCGCCGGUGACCAGCCGCCGCGCCGGCCGCCACCGCCAGCCGCCAGCCAUGAUCUCCGCCGCCGGCGUGCUGGAGCACGUCAUCAUCAACUACCGCUGGGUGUUCGUCUGCCUCUUCCUGCUGCCCGUCUCGGUACUCUAUGAUGCCUGGAUGUACGCGCGCAACUGGCUCAUCUUCCGGCUGUCGAGCGCGCCGAAAAACCACGUUGGCAAGGUGCACAGCAUUCAGGUGCAGGUGAAGCGAUGGCGAGCGCAGGGAAUGCGCGCGCCCAUGUGCACAGCCCGGCCCGGCUGGCAGACCAUCUCGUUCCGCCAGCCCAAGUACAAGAAGACGUUCCACAAGAUCGACGUCAACCUCGUGGACAUUCUCGACAUCGACACAGAGCGACAGGUGGUGAGGCUGGAGCCGAUGGUCACAAUGGGACAGCUGACGGCCACGCUGAACCCGCUCGGGUGGACGCUGCCCAUCAUCCCGGAGAUGGAUGACCUCACUGUCGGUGGUCUGGUGAUGGGCACCGGUGUCGAGUCGUCCUCGCACCGGUUCGGACUGUUCCAGCACAUCUGUCUGGAGCUGGAGCUGGUGCUCUCAGACGGCUCCGUGGUCACCUGCUCCCGGGAGGAGAACGCCGACCUGUUCCACGCCGUGUUCUGGUCGUACGGCACCCUCGGCUUUCUGACGGCCGUCCAGGUGCGUAUCGUGCCGGCGCGGCCGUACGUGCGGCUCCAGUACCGGCCCGUGCACGAUCGCUCCCAGCUCAGCCGGCUGCUGACAGAGGUCAGCGGAGGGCCGCACCAGUUCGUCGAGACGCUCGUCUUCGACCGCGACCGGGCCGUCGUCAUGACCGGCGACCUGGUCGGUCACGCCGAGCCCGCCGCUGAGCCGCACAAGGUGAACACAAUCGGCCUGUGGCACAAGCCCUGGUUCUUCAAGCACGUGCAGACGUUCCUAGAGCGCGGUGAGGACUACGAGUACAUCCCGCUGAGGGACUACUACCAUCGGCACACGCGCGCCAUCUUCUGGGAGAUACAGGACAUUAUUCCGUUCGGGAACAACCCCGUGUUCCGCUGGCUCUGCGGCUGGAUGGUACCGCCCAAGGUCUCCCUCCUGAAGCUCACCCAAGGACAGACCAUCAAGGAGCUGUACGAGAAGAACCACUUCAUCCAGGACAUGCUGGUGCCGCUCGAUCAGCUGGACAGCUCGUUGGACGUCUUCCACAGGGAGGUGGAGAUCUACCCGCUCUGGCUGUGUCCGUUCGUGCUGCCGGCCGACCCGGGCUUCCUCCAGCCAGCCUCCAGGAAGGAGCAGAUGUACAUCGACAUCGGCGCCUACGGUGUGCCGCGCACCGUCAACUUCGACGCCGUCAAGACCGGCCGCCGCAUCGAGAAGUUCGUCAUCUCUGUCGGCGGGUUCCAGAUGAUGUACGCCGACUCGUUCAUGACUCGGGAGGAGUACCGCACCAUGUUCGACCACAGUCUCUACGACAAGGUGCGCCGCCGGUUCGACUGUCUGACCGCCUUCCCGGAGGUUUACGACAAGGUGAACCGGUCGGCCCGCGACUGACCGGCCGACAGCUGACAGAGGGUCUCCGACCUCGCACUCCGGCCAGCGGCAGCGCACCACACCCCGAGGACGGACGCUCACCGCACGCUCAACGUCCUUCUGUCCCGCACAGCCGCCAGCUCACACGUGUGUUUUGUGGCGCGUCAUGUAGCUGCGUGUGUGAUUUCUCGCGCGUUACGAGGCUGCACGUGUCAGGUCCAGCGCGGCAUGUGACAGCACAUGUGAUGUCUCACGUUAUGUAACCGUGCGUGUGAUAUUGGUCAGUGUUUGCUGGUUAAAUGGGCAUCCAGCUCUAAGCGUGUUGCUCUAUACUGGAUGCUCGAUCCAGAUAAAGCAGAAGGUUGAAGUAAAAAGAGCGUAAGCUGUAAAUAUUUUUACAACUGUCCGGAAUGUACUUUUCGAUUCAGCCUCACUGAUACUAAUCGAAUGCUAUGUGGGGCACAACUCUGUAUUGCAUGUGACAAAAUAAUCGUACAACUGUACUUUUCUUAGGAUAAUAAAGGGAUGUCACUUGUUUAUGAUAUUCAUAGAUGUCACGAUUCACAUCACCAAUCUACGAGUAAUUCCUAUAUAGAUGCGUAAAUCACUCAGCAGAUUUGCUGGGCCUUUAUUAUUUGCACUCUAUUAAAUUCAACACGACUAGGGUAGUGCUAGGGAUCGGACUUGGCACAUUAUUGUCUUGAUCUGAACGUUGUUCUGUUUUCUUAUUAUUCUGCCAUGGCUGUCUUUGCCUGAUUCCCUAUUGAGAUAAAGGCAUAAAUAAAUCUUAAAUAAAGUU